UAUCCCGUUAAUUAUGCUUUUUUCCGACUUUCUUCUCUCUCUCUCUCUUAAAAGAAAAGAGAUCGAUCAUAAAAUCAAGGCCAUCCAUUUCCAAAUUCCAUUUCCAUUAGUGAUUCCAUCCGUAAAUUCAUAUUUUGAAGAAGCGCAUGCGCAAUUCCCUCCUCUCUGCGUUUGUGUUCUUUAAGAUAUGGGAAGGAAGAAGAGCAGGCUAAUGACCAAACCCAAAAUCUCUAGAAUUGGAAGUUAUGCCAUUGCUUCCUCCAUUGCAGAACCCAAUUCAAUCUCUUGCACCACUUUCAACAUUCUAGCUCCAAUUUACAAGAGACUCAACAAAGAGGACCAGAUUUCCAGGGAAAGUGAUAUUAGACCUUAUUGGUGGAAGAGGAAUCAUAAAAUCUUGAACUGGCUAUUGUGUGAGCGUUCUUCCAUUAUUUGUCUUCAGGAAUUUUGGGUUGGGAAUGAGGAACUUGUUAAUAUGUAUGAGAAGAGACUUGGGAAUGCUGGUUACAUCAAUUUCAAGCUUGCCCGCACCAAUAACCGUGGAGAUGGUCUUCUAACUUCAGUGCACAAAGAUCACUUCAGAGUUCUAAAUCAUCGAGAAUUGUUGUUUAACGAUAUCGGAGACCGUGUUGCUCAGCUAUUGCACGUUGAAUAUUUCCCACCACAUUGUCUAAGCAAUGAUGUUCACCAAGAAAUGCUUAUUGUUAAUACCCACCUGUUGUUUCCACAUGAUUCAAGUUUUUGUUUGGUGAGAUUAAACCAGGUGUACAAAAUUUUGCAAUAUGUUGAAUCUUACCAGGAAGAACACAAGCUUAAUCCUUUACCUAUCAUCCUCUGUGGGGAUUGGAAUGGAAGUAAACGAGGUCAUAUUUACAAGUUCCUUAGAUCCCAAGGCUUUGCGUCGGCGUAUGAUACUGCGCAUCAGUAUACUGAUGCAGAUGAGCAAAAGUGGGUUAGCCAUAUUAAUCAUCGGGGAAACAUAUGCGGUGUGGAUUUUAUCUGGCUUCUUAAUCCUAAUAGAUACCGCAAAUUGCUCAAAACAAGUUGGAGUGAAGCAGUAUUUAGUAUGUUUAAGUAUUUACUUCGGAGAGCCUCCCUCACAGAGGAUGAUGCUUUUGCUUUCCUGAAAGCUGAUAGUGAGGGCGAUUAUAUUACAUACUCUGGUUUCUGUGAAGCAUCGCGACAACUUAAUUUAACUGGCCAUCCCCGUGGACUUAGUCUUGAAGAGUUGAGGGAUUUAUGGGUGCAAGCAGAUAUUGAUGGAAAUCGUGUUCUUGAUUACAAAGAAUUUCAGCAAAGGAUUUGGAAUCCUACAUGGUCAGAGAAAAGAGAAAUAGAAAAGAGCAGUAGCAGCAGCAGCAACAGCAACAAAGAGCCAGAAGAAGAAGAAGAAAAUGGUAAUAAAGAAGAACAAGUGGUAGGUUUCAGUGUGAAGAAUGCGGUUUUAUUCCCAACUGAAGUGGAGAAAGGUACUUGGCCGGAGAAUUACUCUUUAUCUGAUCAUGCACGAUUAACUGUCGUCUUCUCUCCAUUAAGGAUGCCCCAUGCUUGAUCAUAUCCUGCUCAAUCGCCGCCCCAUAUAUAUUUAUAUUUAUGAGACAGAAAUAUGUUUUCAACACAAAAACUAAUACAAUUGAAAGCAUUGUUAUAUAUAUAAAAAGGAGCAAGGCAACAACAGCUCAAUUGCUAUCAGCCACUACUAACAGAUAUUAAAAACUGUGAUUCAUGAAAAAGAAGCUGCAACACUCUCUGUCGAUCAAUUGAUCAAUCGAUCCAGACGGUUAGUCUUGUUCUUGUAUGAACUCGGUUCGAGAUAACUAAAUUAAGAGAGUGUUUUCAGUUUCUGAUCUUAGUUCUAGGAAUUUUUGGUAGAGGCUGGAAGCAAGAACAGUUGGUUUGUUUGAUUUCUUUUUAGUUUAUGUUUGUGUCUUGCACAGAACAUUUCUAUAUGUACUGUAAAUAUUAUUGGGUUUUCUAUCAGAAAUAAUAUGAAAUUUCAUGGGAUGCAGGCCAAGUUUU